GGGCUGUGAUCCAGCUGGUCCCCAUGCCGCGUGGGGGAACAUCUCCGAUGGAGACCCUCGGCUCGGACUCGCCCCACACUGCCUGAGGCUGUAGAGAUCCCUUUCUCUGGACUUUCCCCCUUGGGUAGACGGCGCCCCUGGCUCCCCCGAUGUGCGUCAUAUGCUUCGGGAAAGCGCUCGGCCACGUGUUUACCACCUACCUGGCCGCUAGUUACAAGUCCCAGUUCCGGAGCUGGCCCGUGGACUUCCGAUGGGACGAGGCUGGCCGCCACAGCCCCCCAGUGCCGCCCUGCCCGGCCACUGUGGGAGGAAAGCCGUGGGGACCCCCCGCGAGCGCAGAGCGCAGGCACACCGAUGCCGUCCAACGCUGCUCUCUGCUUAGGAUGAAGCAGCUGCCCGGCCAGCUGGCCAGCUACGUCCUGGCUCGCUCGCUGGGCCGGUGGCUGCUCUACCCCGGCUCCAUCUCACUGUUGCAGAAAGCCCUGCAGCCCUUGCUGGUGGAGGGGCAGGCCCGUCUGCUGGGGCAGUUCCACGGCAAGCGGGCCAAGCUGGUGGCUCGUGAUGGCAACCAGAUAGACACCAUGUUCGUGGACCGGAGGAGGAGCACGGCGGGCAGCGAGGACCUGGCGCGAGGGAAACGGCUGGUCAUCUGCUGCGAGGGGAACGUGGGUUUCUAUGAAGUAGGCUGCCUGGCCACGCCGCUGGAAGCCGGCUACUCCGCCCUGGGCUGGAACCAUCCCGGCUAUGCCGGGAGCACGGGGCUGCCCUUCCCGCAGCACGACGCCAACGCCGUGGAGGUGGUGGUGCAAUACGCCAUGAACCGCCUGGGUUUCCAGCUCCAGGACAUCCUCUUCUACGGCUGGUCCCUCGGGGGCUACGCGGCCACCUGGGCCGCCAUGACCUACCCACAGCUGGGCGGCCUGGUGCUGGACGCCACGUUCGACCACCUGCUGCCCUUGGCUUUGAAGGUCAUGCCCAAGAGCUGGAGCAAGCUGGUGGCCCGGACGGUGCAGCGGCACUUCAACCUCAACGUGGCCGAGCAGCUCUGCGCCUACCCGGGGCCAGUGCUGCUGAUCCGCAGGACCCUGGACCAGGUCACCGCCACCCACGUCAGGACCACGGAUCAGCGCGCCGACAUCCGGUCCAACCGCGGCAACAAGCUGCUGCUGCGGCUGCUGAGAUACCGCUACCCCGAGGUCAUGGUCCGGGACGGGGAAAUGGCUGUGCACCACUGGCUGAGGGCCGCCAGCCCCACGCAGGAAGCGGCCGUCUGCAGGUAUUACCAGGUGGAGGAGGACUGGUGCAUCGCCCAGCUGCAAGCCUACAAAUCCAGCCUGGGGCCUGGAGACGGCUUCCCUUGGAGGGUCGGGAAGGACGUGACCCCUGGAAGAAGGCAGCAGCUGGCCCUGUUUUUGGCUACGAAGUACAUGAAGAACGUGGAGGCCACGCACUGGACUCUCUUGCUGCCCAACGAGUUCCAGAUGCCCUGGAAGCUCUAG